UCACGUGUGGACACAGGCCCGCGCGGCUUGCGCGCCCAGAGCCUCCCCAGCCCCGCCGCCGUGCGCCCCGCGGCGACCCGCGCGGCCCUGCGAGCCGCCCGCCAUGUGGAGCUGCGGCCCGCUCAACGGCAGCGGCGGCGAGGACCAGCUCCUGUGCCAGCACGCCCAGCGAGCCCUGCCGGCCCUGUCCCUGCUCUACCUGCUGGUCGGCGUCCCGCUGGGCCUCGGCUACAACGCCCUGCUGCUGCUGGUCAACCUGCACGACCCGGCUGGCAUGACCAUGCCCGACGUCUACUUCGCCAACAUGGCCGUGGCCGGCCUGGUCCUCGGCGCCCUGGCGCCCGCGCACCUGCUGGGCCCUGGCGCCUCCGGCUGGGCCGUGUGGGACCUGGGCAGCGAGGUCCGCGUCACGCUGCUCGUGCUGUUCAACGUGUCGGCGCUGGUGGCCCUGUACUCCACGGCGCUGCUGGGCCUGGACUGCUACAUCGAGCGGGCCCUGCCCCGCUCCUACAUGUCCAGCGUCUACAACACGCGGCACGUGUGCGGCUUCGUCUGGGGCGGCGCCCUGCUCGCCAGCUUCUCCUCGCUGCUCUCCUACAUCUGCAGCCACGUGGCGGCCAGGGUGGCCGAGUGCUCCCGGAUGCAGGACGCCCAGGCUGCCGACGCCAUCCUGGUGCUCGUCGGCUACCUAGUGCCCGCCCUGGCCGCGCUCUACGCGCUCGUGCUCAUUGCGCGGGUCCGGAAGCAGGCCACGCCGCUCGACCAGGACGCGGGCGGGCUGGACCCCGCGGCGCACAGGCUCCUGGUGGCCACCGUGUGCACGCAGUUUGGGCUCUGGACGCCUCACUACCUGACACUCCUGGGGCGCACGGUCCUGGCCGCCAGAGGGAAGCCUGCGGACGGGCAGCAUCUGGGGGUGCUGCUCUUGGCCAGAGACCUGUCCAGGCUCCUGGCCUUCUGCAGCAGCUCCGCCCUGCCCCUUCUCUACCGCUACAUCAACAGAAGCUUCCCCGGCAAACUCCAGCGGCUCCUGAAGAAGAUGCACCGUGGCCACCGGAGCUGCUCUUUGGACCAGGCGGGGGCACCGCCCGUGACGGCCUAGAUGGCUGCCCCUGGGCUGCGGCCAGCAGAUGGCACAGGGCUGGCGGCAAGGCCCACGGUGACCAGGCCGCCCAGGCCCCCACCCCCGCCCCCCGGGCGGGUGGUGAGGGGAGAACAGAGCUGUACGAGGCGUCCUCCCUGAAGGCCACGCUCAGGCCAAGGCCACUGUGUCCGAGCGGCAGGUGCGAGCGGUUGGGAUGCCCCUCGGCCGCGGGGUGUGAGCUCACCUCCCGUGACACGCGCACCUUUCAGUCCACGCCCUCGACAGCCCGCCUCCCGCAGCCUCAAAUGAAGUCGUGAGAGCUCACACCGCUGCCGACCCGGGCCCAUUCACACACCCGCUCCCUCCCUCCUACUUCAGGCCUCGUGGAGGGAGGCGUCCUUGCGGUAGGAGAGCCGCGAGGUGUGAAAGCCUCGAGACGAGACGGCGCGCAAAAGGGCCACGGGCUGUGUUUAGCGCCGAGCCCGUUCCCGCCCCAGCUGCCGCCGCGUCACUGAGGGGCUGUCCCAAGCCUGUCUCCACGGUGCACACGGCGUGUCCACAGACUGAAGGAAGAAAGCCACUGCUGGGACCCCUAACCCCAUACGAAAGCCGAGGGCGGUGACGUGUCUGGUCGGGGCGGGGCCCACGGGCGGUUCCCGCUCCCCGAGAACAGAUGGAGAUGAAGGCGCAUGGCCCUGAAGGUGCACACGGGGGGCACGGGGCACAGGGCCCGCCCUCCCGCCCGCUGUGUCCAAGCCCAGCCGGGCGUCCCCGCCCCCCCGCCCUGACCAGCCCUAUGGACCCUUCCACGCCGGCAGGUGCUAUAAACGGCGACUUGAAAGACGUUCCCUUCCUCCACCCGCAAGUCUUUUUGCUUCUUUGUUUCUCUCUUCAGGGCCGCACCCGAGGCAUACACA